CGCAACUUCAAACAUGGUCAAGCUCACACCGGAGUUAGUGGCAGCUUCGAGGUCGUAUAUCAAUCCUUUAAAGGAUAGGGAACUUGACUUACGAGGUCAUAAAAUCCCUGCUAUUGAGAAUCUCGGUGUAACGAAGGAUCAACACGACACCAUCGACUUCACCGAUAAUUCAAUUUCCUCCCUCUCCAAUCUGCCCCUUCUCCGUCGUCUUCAUACCCUGCUCCUAUCCAACAAUCGAAUAACGCAUAUCUCACCCUCGCUUCACAUAUCCUGUCCAAAUCUCAAGUGUCUCGUUCUGACCAACAAUGCGCUGGCGGAACUGGGUGAUCUGAAGUCACUGGAGGGAUGUAGGAAGCUGGAGUGGCUGGCGUUGAUAGGAUGUCCUGUCAGACAAAAGAAGUGGUAUCGGGAAUGGUGCUUGUGGGUGGUGAAACCUCUGAGAGUGCUGGAUUAUCAAAAGAUUAAGCAGAAGGAACGUGAGAGCGCCAAAUCUCUAUUCCUUACACCAGACGAUUUACCUACAGCCCUCGCAACCACGCUUGCUUCUAACCUUACAGCGCCGUCUGCCAUGAAUGCUCAUCCUGACAUGGAUCAGUCACUAUCUGCGCCAGCUGGCCUGACGGCAGGCAAAGCAGGCAGAAUGAUGACUGCUGAUGAAAGGGAGCGUGUACGGGCUGCUAUUGCAAGGGCAACGAGCGCGGAGGAGAUAAAACGGUUAGAGAAGAUGCUGAGAGAGGGUUAUGUGCCCGAGGUCAAGUGAGACCUUCGUUUCAUCUGCUUU